UUCGCUUUUUUUUUUUCUUUCGCUUUUUUUUUUUUUUUUGCUUUUUUUUUCUUUCUUUUCUGUGCUCCCUCGCUCUGCUUGCUCACGACUCCAGCUUUGACUUCACCAAGUCAUCAGUAUGAGUAUGAGUUCUGGAACUGCUUCUCCCUACGUGCAUCUUUCGAGCUCUUCCUCGUCUGCGCCUCCAACACCCUCCACCGAUGCCCACCCGCAUCUCCUGAGCCCACAGGUUUCUUGUCCUCAUUGCGCAAAGUAUCAAGCCGAGCUCACUAUUGCCAAGGAGCUGCUUCGUCUCGAGCAACAACAAGUCGCCACGUUGCGUGAGAAUGCCGCCAAGCAGGAAGCUGCCAUUGCCAAGCAUGAAGAAACCAUCACCAAGCUUCAACUCACCAUCGCUGAACUCUCCGGCACCAUCAAAGCAAACAACCAGCUUCACACCGCUCUGCAGUCCGAGAUCAACACACUGAACUCAGCUGUCAGCAACCAGACGCAGCAAAUCAGCAACCAGACGCAGCAAAUCAACAACCAGACGCAGCAAAUCAACAACCAGGCUCAAGAGUUGCACGCCUUGCGCAACCAAGACUCUGAGAAGUCCAAGAAAAUCGAGGAACUGUCUAACGCCUUCAAACGUCUGGAAAAGCGGAUGGACCAGGCCAGCCAAGCUGCACGUCAGCAGGACGAAGCCCAUCAGGACACCAUUGAUCGCCAAAACGCCAACGCCAGGCGCAUUCAUGCGAUUUCGAUGUUUGGUGAAGCUGCCCGGAUGGUUUUCGCGGCUCAAGUCGGACGUGCUGCCACCCAUGGAAGUCUGACUCACAACGAGAUCUGGAACGGGCUGGAGUUGGAUUUUGCUCGAUUGUAUCCAAGCUCUUUGCUCACCGAUCAGACUGGCUUUUUGGCUGUUCACGUGGCCCGCACUGAGGACACUGACGCGAUCCGUUUUCUGAAAGAAACUUGCGUCGGUAUCACGUUCCAGACGCUCGUUGUUGCGUUCUGGCUUCGUGAUGUUCGAAACAGGCAGGCACAUCCUCCUCUCGGUCGCGGCGUCGAUCUGAUCGAGAGCUUGCCUGCCGAGUUUGCAAACCACGGAGUGCGGAUCCACGCCAUUGAGCAGCGGGCGCAAGCACUGGCGUAGUGCUUUAUUGUUUCCGCCGCUUUUUGUUUGUUUGUUGUUUGUUUGUCUGUUUUUUUCUCUUUCUUCAAUGGAAUGCUUGAAAUCGUUUGCUCCAAUCGCGAUCAUUGGACACCGGU